AUGUCGAACGAGACAGUUCACAUUUCACAACAUGAUCAACAAGAUCCAUGUAUAAUCGUUGACGGCAUAAAUUGGUUCUACUAUUGGGAUGUAGAAACUCUUCUCUUUGGCCUUAAAUAUCAAGCACGAUCGGAUGAUUUAUUCAUUGUAACAUAUCCAAAAAGUGGAACGACAUGGAUUAAAACAAUUAUUUAUACUCUAUUGACAAAUGGACAACCAUUUGACAUUGAUUAUAAAGAUUUUUUUGAACGAUUUCCCUAUGUUGAAUUGGAUGAUGAACAAGCGAUUAUCAAGAUGCGACGACCAGGUGCUUUGAGAUCUCAUUUACCAAUGAAUCGUAUUCCAUACAAUUCGCAAGCAAAAUAUAUUUGUGUGAUUCGAAAUCCAAAAGAUGUUUGUGUAUCCUACUAUAUAUUCUACAAUACAUGGGGUGGUGUACGUCGUUUGAAUUUUGAUCAAUUCUUCGAACUUUUCAUUCAAGGUCGUCUACCAUUCAAUGAUUAUUUUGAAUGUCUUCGAUUAACUUGGGAACGACAGUCCAGUCUUGAAAUUCGAACUAUUGGCGGUCAAAGAAGACGAGUUACAACUUCAACUUGUCAACCUCUUGAUCAAUCCAAUCUAUUCGGACUACUCACUUCCCUGGCAUCGGGAUCGAAUACAGCUUGA